AAAAAGCUAUCACUAUGUGAAGGACCCGAGAGUAGGAAAAUGGCUUUCGCAGCAACGUCUCUCUUCUUUCCACCUCCAGUAGUAACCGUCCGAUCUCCGGCUAUAUUCCUUCGCCGUCUCUCAAUUCCUUGCCUGCUUCCGACGAAUGGCGCAAUGAGUCGCCGGCAUAUAAAGAGGGCAAUUGUAGCAAAUGCUUCACCGGGAAACGGUGGCUUUAAGGCAGAGGGAGAAGAUGGAGUUUCUCUGGGUACAAUGAAGCUUCCCGUGAAUACAGAUCUCGCGAGAUUCGAAACUCUUCUCUUUCAGUGGGCCAACAGUCUUUGCCAAGGUGCCAAUCUACCUCUUCCUGUUCCUCUCAAGGUGGAUAGAAUAAGUGGAGGAGCGAGGUUAGGAUUCAUAGUGAUGGAAGAUGAAGGCAAGACCGAUGUUCCUGUUUACAUAGACUGUUUGGUUUUCCAAACAACAGAGAAUGGUUUAGUGUUCCAAGCGACGCGUAAUGGGAGGAAGAAAGAUAAAGCACCUCCGGGAGAAGAAAGAAUCAUGAGAAGUCUCUUAGGAGCUCUCAAAAAAGCUGUUGAGAUUGCUCGAGUCACAUAAACAAUUUGCCCUCUUUCAAUUUAAAUUGAAUUUCGAAUAUCUCUUUUCCUUUGUUUGAUGUCUUCCUAGUUUUUUUACUACUACUUUAUCUCAGA